GGAGACCCCGCGCCUCCAGUGAGAGGUGAAACCAAGAUGGCGGCCGUGCAGUGAGUGAACCUGAGGCAGAAGGACACCAACGGCCAGCGCCUCGUCCACGCGACCCGUCCGCCGGAGGGGUCACGCUCCCUUGUCGGGUGCCCGGACUGGAGCGGGGGGCUAGAAGCGGGCCAAGAAGCUUGCCUUGAGCUCAGUGGCGAGAGAAGCGGGAGCAGGAAGAACAUGGCGGCGGAGGAGUCGGGCUGGGAGUGCGGCCACCGCGGCUUGUGAGAGGAGCUCAUGGGGAGGACAAGGCGCUGAGCCCGCCCGCCCGCGCGCUCGGCUCACAGGGCCUCCCUCCCUGCCCCCACCCGAGCAAGCCGGCCUCUUCUCCCGCUUCCCCCGGUUUAGGCCGCGGCCUUCGCUGAGAAGAGGGGCGGCUCCGUCUCGGUCCCCCAAGUCUGACUCAGGACAACUAGCGGAAGGGGCUUGGGGCCUGCCGACUCCUUGCACAAUAGGGCCGGGCCGAGGGGGAACCGAUCCCCUCCUUUACCUUCGCAACCCCGUCUCUUCCUGUCACCCUUCCCCAGUUUCGUCCCCGAUUACAUCGCGUGUUUCCAUUCCUGUUCACUUGAGGGGGGGGGGGGAUUCGCUGUGUUACUGGCUAAUCGUUCCCGCUCCCGAAUUUCCCACCCUCCAAACUCUCCUGGUUUGUGCUGUGAUAGUUAAUCACGAAUCCGCAUCUUCCACACGCGCACACAGUUGUGCCACUUCACUUGCAAAUUCUGUCACCCGUGCUUUUUGCUUCUUGUCACCUGUGUAAUCCUGGCCCGUCUGUAGCUGCCCUUUCCCAUUUUUUACACUGACAUUCUUCCCCCCCUCCCCCAAUCUCGCGUGCUUCUUCCUCUAUAGUAUCGCUACUUCCUGUUGUCUCGCACUCUGAAGCUUUCACUACUUGGCAAACGAAGCCCUGUGCUCCCAUAUUCUCUAACAGACUCCUGUUUUGAUUUUGUCCCUUUUUGAGGGUGAUGCAGCUACUUUAGCAGUGACAAUUUUAAAAAAAGAACGAAAGAAAAAGAACUCUUUAGAGUUUUCUGUGGAACUCUUAAAAUCUUUCCUGCUCUCUUAACUGAGGGGGGCAAGCCCCCCCCAUCUCAGUUUGAGCACAUAUUGUAGGCCCUUGUGGUGAGGCAAGUGGCAGGAUGACUGAUACCCGGAGGAGGGUGAAGGUGUAUACUCUGAAUGAAGAUCGACAGUGGGAUGAUCGUGGCACUGGACAUGUGUCCUCUGGCUAUGUGGAAAGGCUGAAGGGCAUGUCCCUGCUAGUCAGGGCAGAGAGUGAUGGUUCUCUUCUUCUGGAGUCCAAAAUCAAUCCUAAUACUGCUUACCAGAAGCAACAGGACACUUUGAUUGUGUGGUCUGAGGCAGAGAACUAUGACCUUGCACUUAGCUUUCAAGAAAAAGCUGGAUGUGAUGAAAUAUGGGAAAAAAUAUGUCAGGUUCAAGGAAAAGACCCUUCAGUGGACAUUACACAGGACUUGGUGGAUGAAUCUGAAGAGGAACGCUUUGAUGAUAUGUCAUCACCAGGUCUAGAAUUGCCAUCUUGUGAAUUAAGUCGAUUAGAGGAAAUUGCAGAACUUGUAGCAUCUUCACUGCCUUCCCCAUUACGUCGUGAAAAACUUGCUCUAGCACUGGAAAAUGAGGGCUACAUUAAGAAGCUCUUAGAAAUUUUUCACGUGUGUGAGGACUUGGAAAACAUUGAAGGACUACACCAUUUGUAUGAAAUUAUCAAGGGAAUCUUCCUUUUGAAUAGAACUGCACUUUUUGAAGUUAUGUUUUCUGAGGAAUGUAUAAUGGAUGUAAUUGGAUGUCUGGAAUAUGAUCCGUCUUUAUCACUGUCACGGAAACACAGGGAGUUUCUAACAAAAACUGCAAAAUUUAAAGAAGUUAUUCCAAUAUCAGAUCCAGAGCUAAAACAAAAAAUACAUCAAACAUACAGAGUACAGUAUAUUCAAGAUAUGGUUCUACCGACACCUUCGGUAUUUGAGGAAAACAUGUUAUCAACUCUUCAUUCGUUCAUCUUUUUUAAUAAAGUAGAAAUAGUUGGUAUGUUACAGGAAGAUGAAAAAUUUUUGACUGAGCUGUUUGCACAACUUACAGAUGAAGCCACAGAUGAGGAGAAAAGGCAAGAAUUGGUAAACUUUCUCAAAGAGUUUUGUGCAUUUUCUCAAACAUUACAACCUCAAAACAGAGAUGCUUUUUUCAAAACAUUGUCUAACAUGGGCAUUCUUCCAGCACUAGAAGUCAUCUUAGGAAUGGAUGAUGCACAAGUGCGAAGCGCAGCUACUGAUAUAUUUUCAUAUUUGGUUGAAUACAACCCAUCAAUGGUACGAGAAUUUGUCAUGCAAGAGGCUCAGCAGAAUGAUGAUGAUAUCUUACUCAUUAACCUCAUCAUAGAACACAUGAUUUGUGAUACAGAUCCUGAACUGGGAGGAGCAGUCCAGUUGAUGGGUUUACUACGUACCUUAGUGGAUCCAGAAAAUAUGCUAGCUACUGCCAAUAAAACAGAAAAAACGGAAUUCUUGGGUUUCUUUUACAAGCAUUGUAUGCAUGUUCUCACAGCACCUUUAUUGGCCAAUACCACAGAGGAAAAACCUAGCAAAGAUGACUUUCAGACAGCCCAGCUGUUGGCCUUGAUAUUAGAAUUAUUAACUUUCUGUGUGGAACAUCACACAUAUCAUAUAAAGAACUACAUUAUUAACAAGGAUAUCCUUCGAAGAGUGCUAGUUUUAAUGACUUCAAAGCAUGCUUUCUUGGCACUAUGUGCUCUGCGUUUUAAAAGAAAGAUAAUCGGGUUGAAGGAUGAAUUCUACAAUCGCUAUAUAAUGAAAAGUUUUUUAUUUGAACCAGUGGUCAAAGCAUUUCUCAGCAAUGGAUCCCGCUAUAAUCUGAUGAACUCUGCUAUUAUAGAAAUGUUUGAAUUCAUUAGAGUGGAAGACAUAAAAUCCUUAACAGCCCAUGUAAUUGAGAAUUACUGGAAAGCACUAGAAGAUGUAGAUUAUGUGCAGACAUUCAAAGGUUUGAAAUUGCGUUAUGAACAACAAAGGGAAAGACAAGAUAAUCCCAAACUUGACAGCAUGCGUUCCAUCUUGAGGAACCACAGAUAUCGGAGAGAUGCUAGGACCUUGGAGGAUGAAGAAGAGAUGUGGUUUAACACUGAUGAAGAUGAUCUGGAAGAUGGAGAGGCUGUGGUGCUGCCCUCUGACAAAAGUAAAAAUGAUGAAGAUAUUAUGGAUCCCAUAAGUAAAUUUAUGGAAAGGAAAAAAUUUAAAGAAAAUGAAGAAAAGGAGGUCCUUCUGAAAACGAACCUUUCAGGUCGUCAGAGCCCAAGUUUUAAACUUUCCUUCUCUAGCGGUACAAAGGCUAACCUCACCAGCCAGUCAUCUGCAACUAAUUUGCCUGGGUCUCCUGGGUCACCGGGAUCUCCUGGGUCACCGGGAUCUCCUGGAUCAGUUUCCAAAAGUGCAUCUCAGAUGGCAGCUAUAACUACCAAGGGAGGUCUGGUGGGGCUUGUAGAUUAUCCUGACGAUGAUGAUGAGGAUGAUGAAGAAAGUCUACCUUUGUCACAGAAAGCAAAGGUUGAGUCCUCAUAAUGACAGUUUUGAAGAUCAGCAUCAGUUGGGAGGUGAACCUGGUUUCCAGAACAGGAAAAGUCCAUAAUUAAAAACUACAACCUUUAGUGAAUUACUGUGUGAGACACAGAUCAGUUUGAAAAUGUGGAUUCCUGCUAAUCAAGUGCCAAUUUGAAGGAGCAGAAGAAGAGGAUAUACUACACUUAAUGGGAAUGACAUGCCUUUGACCUCUCCAGCUUGGACCACACAUUGCCCUUUUCUCAGGGAAGGAAAUGGAAAAUAUAUAUAUAAAAAGCCAGCAGGGCAGGAGUUUAAUAGUGGAACUCUGGAUUGGCUGGUCAGUUGCUACAAUCAGAAUAUGCUUUCUUGGACCAUGUACGAGACUUGAAGAAAAGGCUUUUCUGCCAUAGUUCUUCACUAGCUAAGAAUGCCAGCAGUUUCUUUGUAUAAAAGAGACCUGCCUUUGAAACCAUACAUUCUGAACAUUUUAGUCGAGCUACAACAGGUUAAAAAAACUCUUUGGGGGAGGGCUGACCAUAAGUUUUCUUUUUUAAAAUGUGUUCCCCUUUGCCCUUUAAACUGCAGAAUUUUCUUUGGAGGUGGGGGAUUUGUCUAUCCCUUGAUUAAAAGAUUGAAUGGAAUUCUAGAUGUGGUCACUUUUUGUGUCAUAAUUUUAUUUUUAUUUUGCCCCCUGAGUGUAUGCUUAGUUGUUGAGUAUAUAUUUGGGACCAUUAAAAUUUUUUGAUGUAAUAUAAUCUCAUUGUUGUGCUGGUACCUGUUUCACCUGUGAAAUUCUGUUCUACAUCACAGUUCUAAAUAUGUUUAGGAUUUUAUGGAAGAUGGUAUAGUUUUAUUGAAAAAGAGAAAAUUAAUCUUGCCACAAUGUGCAAAAAAAGCAAUACUAUUUUGUGACUAAAUAUUUUAUAUUAAACUUUCCAUCAUUAACUGUCUUGAAACAAUUCAGGGAAAUAGGCUGCAUUUUU